CCCUCCUCCGGUUCUGUCCGCGUUUUAGACUUUGCCCUUAAAUUAGAAUUACUCCCCCUUAGUAAUCAUUCUUCAAUGCGCGGUAUUUUGUAAACAAAUAUUUUUGUUGAAUAAAAUGAACAGACAACACCAAGAAGUUCAAGUAUGGUUAGAGAGAGUUUUUGGGGACCAGUCUGUGCCUUCAUAUGAGCUUAACCAGUCUACAGUCAGCAUGCUAUUCAACCUAAUGAGAAGAAAUGAGCAGAAAGAGAAAGACUGCCAGCUGCUGAUUGAAGAUCUUAGACAAAAGGCUGAGGAAUACAAUGUUGAAAGUAGACGUAUUGAGGCGAUAUUACAAAAUAUAAACCUGACAACAGCUAGCCUGUCACAGUCCGGUCUUAUGAGUUUACGUACCCUAGCAAAUCUUGCUCUUUCUCUACACACUAAGGAUGCUUCAGACACAAGCUUCCUGCUAGCUCUACAACAUCUCGAAGAUGAGAUCAGAAAAACUGAAGAAUCUCGUCGUGCACAACAAAAAAUACUCAACAAUCUCAUAAGAAAACUAAACUGCUGUCCUUAAAUACAGUGCUUUGAAAAAAG